UCCGGUCACAACGACACCAGGGCAGGACAAUCACAAAUAAUGGAUUAUAUGGUGAUUUGGAUGUGGACGUCGGUGUUUCUCGGGACUGUCACAUGUACAUUGGCAGUGAACAGGAAGUAUGCUACCUAUUCUGAUAGGAUAGCUGCUCGUGAGAAGGUAGUUAAUGUAGAAAACGCCUUCCUUAGAUUUGUUCUUGAAAAACAAAUACUGUUUUGCCCAAGUAUUAGUACUUGUACCGUGAAGAACUCGAUGUCCUCUGUUUCAUCGUGUUGCUCGCCCUGUAGUUGUGACGCUGCCUCCUCACCUAUUGAACAUUGCCCUGACUACACCGGAAAGGAUAACCGAUUUGCUUGUCUUCGACCCCAAUAUAUCUACAAACAGAAUAAGACAAAAUCCAGCAUCGAAAGUUAUUUCAUGAUAAAUCGAUGUCCAGCUAGCUAUGAAGACCCUUCUAUUGAACGGUUAUGUAUGCGAGGGCAUUCCUUAGACCCGUACAAUAUCACCUUGGUGUUACCAGUAACGGAUAUCACUAAUGAAAUAACAUACAAGAACUUAUUCUGUGCCAUGUGCAACUCAAGAUUAGAAGGAGAUCUUAUAGCCUGGUCUGGCAAUGUGAACUGCUCUAGACAAUCAACCUCAGAGCCUAAGACUGUUCGAGAUCUUCUGGAGAUCAUUGCUAGUGACGACCAAUGUAAUAUUUUGUUUGAGCCGCCAGUGAAUAUGUCUUUGACUAAGUGCGACACGUUGGGCAAGAUUUCUGAAUGUAACGUGACCGGACAUUGGAGUGUAUUUGAUGAUGACCUUGACCGGGCGUGUACUAGUUAUCGGUCAGUUUACAGGACCUCGUAUCAGAACAUACACUGUUACAUCUGUAACGUCAUUGACGAACCGUACCGGUCAUGUGACAGAAGAGACACCUUAACACGCUCACAACUAUUUCCGUUUCCGCCGAUACCGACCUUCUCUGGAGCUAUUGACCCGAGUUUGAUAUCCGACUUACUGUUCCAUCGCCAUGACGACCAAUCAACAUGUCCUCCCGGGACUCGAUAUGACGGAAUCAAGAACACUUGUCGGAAGAUUUUCUGCAGCGCUCCACUUGAUUACAGAAAAGACGUCUGUACAAGUAUCUACAAGUCCGUCAGUCUGCGGCGAUAUUUCGUCAAUCUUAUGAUAAGUCCACAUUAUAAUGUAUCCUACAAAUGGCUUCCCGAUCCAUGGGUGGCAGGGCAACUAGCAGGCUACAGUAAGGAGUAUCUCACCAACAUAUUAUUCCCGUUACAGAUAGAACAAUGUUCUUUUGGUGUUGUAAAUUUUGCCAAAAUGAUUAAAGUGGAUUUUAAUCUAUUUCCCAGAAAUAACGAAACUCGGGUCAUUUAUGUUAACGUUCCUACCGAAUUUGUUGUUACCGGCGUGUACAAUGACGUCACAAUUAUGAAUCGGGUUAUAGAAAGUGAAGUGGAAAGUUACAACACGACUAUACGAAAUGGCGACAUCUUUUUUGACAUUUCACCUCUGACGUAUGACAAGAUGGCGACACUAACAAGGGAGCCUGUGUUCAUUAACGGUAUCGAACUAACGGAUAUGACACAACUACCAAGCUUUAGGGGUCAAAGCAGCAUGGGAGCGUGUGGGUCCCGUAUGCCCACGUACAAGUUAUCGAGGUUUACAUUUUGUCCAAAAAUAAACAUUACGAAUGAUGAAUACAAUACUACGACAGUUAAUGACUCCUUGUGUCUUCCAGACCUUGACCUUUGUUUCAGUCCGGAAGAAUUUGAAUACAGUGACGUAUAUAUUUCAUUAUGCAGCGAAAAGUUCUUUGAGAGAGUUGAUAAACUGUCGUUAAAUAAUGCAAAAAAUAGCACUACAGAUGAUACUGUGGAAAGCCGUGUGGGACUGGCGCUGGUUAGCCUGUCUAUUCUGUGUCUUGGCGUUACAUUCUUGGGUGUUUUUAUUAUCUACAAACCUCGGACCUCUAUGUCAUACAUGCUAAUGGUGCUAGUUGUUUGCCUCAUACUCUACAACAUAGUGCUGCUCAGCGUUCCGUUUCCUUACGCGUCGUCUUACAGCUGUCGCGUGACAGGUGCCUCACUGCAGUUCACGUCCACCUUGUCUGUUGCCUUAUUACAACUCUGUGUACUCCAUGUUGGGUUCAUGAUGCGAGCCAAUCAGCACUUCCAAAACCCCUAUAUUCUAAAAAUAAUGUAUGUGUCUUAUCCUGUCAUCAUGGCAUCUAUCGUUGCUUCAGUGACGUAUUGGUAUGUUGCCAGCCAUCCACAUGACGUCACUGUCCCUUGGAUACCAUGGGGACUGCCGUGUUACUCCGCUGUAAAUUCACUCUCACUUUACAUCUCGUGUUUUCCCGUCCUCGCCAUGUUAGCCUUGACCUUCUUAGUUUGUCUGGCGCUAGCUGUUUACAGCUAUGCCAUAUCCUUUGAGAAAGAUGAAGUUGAACUUGUUCAUGUCUUCGGUUUUUAUAGCAAACUAUCUUUCCUUUUGUUGCUUGUGCAGUCAUUCUGGUAUCUGAUAUCUUUCGCGCGCUGGACAGGAAAUAUUUACCUCUUCCUUGUAAUGAACCUUAUUUCAUCGUUGUACAUCAUGUUGUGUUCUCUUACGGAUUCAAAGCUUAAAGCAGUUUGCACAACUACUGUGGAGAACACUGAAACACACGAUCGCAAAAUAACUUCCGGUUGUCCAUGCAAUCCAGCUCGACGACAACCGAAGGAUUUCCAGCCGAUUAGUGAGGCGAUUUCAGAAAAUGGCGAGAGUAGGCGAACUUCGAGCCAUCUGUAGCUACAUUUGUAUGAUAAGUUUUGCAAUUUGUAGUUUCACUUUAAUUACACACUAAUUAGUUAAUUGUCGUUAAAUGAAGUCUAGUCGUCCAGAAGUCCAAGGUUCAAUCACUAACGAACUGUUGGCAUUGCUAUUUUGACAACUAUGUAGGGAAAUCCUUGAUAAUGAAAUGAUAAAAAUAUUACGAAGUGUAAAGAUACAUAACCAUCAGGUUUGCCCGGAGUUGGUACCUAAUUCAACAUAAAAUCAAGUGUAAUGUAAAUCAUCGUGACAGAGAGAUACAAUUCACCACAGGGUAUGGUGAGUUUAUAGAAGAUAAUGCAGUAUUCAGAAGGAAAGUUAGAAAUAUCAAUAUCAAGACGGAACAAACUGUAGCAUUCUUUUUGAUAUCUCGCUACAAUAUAACAUGUUUUCCAUAGUUAAAGAAGCGUCCUGAUUGAUACCGCUAGAAUUGUAUCUUAUAGCAAUAACAUCCAUAAAGAUCCUGUGAAAACAUGUUCACAAACUACUGCACUUCUUUUGAAAAAUUUCAGGUCAAAUUAAAAGAGGAAAAUAGUCAAUUCAUGUCAAGUUCAGGGCAAUUUCAGGGCAAUUUUACCUCGACGUUUUGCCUCUGUACGCACGAUUUCCUUAAUACAAAUUCCAUAUGAAGACACAAUUGUUGUUGAUCAUCAAUAAACUGUGAUAUAAAUCCUAAAUCUCGAACGUCUCCAGUCAUGAGUAAUACUAUAACAGGAGGUUUUACUCUUAAUACAGCGGUUAAGGUGUAGAAAUUCAUAUUAAAAGUAUUGUUAUUAUUACUGUUACAUAAUUAAUUGUCUAGUGUUUGUACGCAGAAUACGGCUUUCAGAUUUUUUUUCAUACCUCUUUGAAAAAAAUCCGAAAAAUGGCGCAAAAUAUGUGACGUCACAAUACGGCCAUUGACAUUGAGUAUUGAUUUGUGAAAAAGAAUCCCUUAUAAGAUCAGUUCAAUUGUACAAAAAACAUGUUAU